UGCCUCUCCACACCUCUCUAAUGCGAUGUAAGCAGAGCUGCGGCUUGUGUUAUCGUACGUCGCGUACGCCGUCGCGUACGUUCGAGUGCGUUUCGGCCGGAUCUAUUGUAACAUCGACAAAUGAGACGCAGUGAGCGGCGCGAGAUCAAUAACAAGUGCUUGCCGAGAGCGCAAUUGAACGAUGAAUUAUCUAAACAGUAUAGCAAGCGGCAUGACGACCGCUGAUUCGGGUUUGCAACUCAACAAUAUCGAGGUUCUCUAUACGAAGGUGCAAAGGAUUUAUAUCAAACCGCAACAGAAGGAGGAACGCCAGCGGGAUCUCAGAGUCAACGUCGAGAUUCACGCUGGCAUCAGUCCAGUUUGUCGAAAGAGUCUAUGUGUUUUGCUAGCCGAUGAUGAUGAUUCUUGUUUUCUCUACUCUUUAUUUAUCACCGAAGAUGACUUCAAAGUGCUGAAAGCGCAACAGGGACUUCUGGUUGAUUUUGAUAAUUUUGCCACUCAAUUAAUAUGCUUAUUGGAGCAGUGUCACAUUCCGGGCACAAGCCUGUCGAAGACUCCUCCAAAAUUUCUUUUGCUGUUGGCAGAAGAGUCUGGAGAUUGGAAUUUCAAACUUGUGGAGACAAAUAAUUUCAAACAUCUCUGUCAUUUAAGUUUAAAUAUAUCACCUGCAAGUGAUUCUGAUCUGAAAACACAUAUGGCAAUGAAAAUUAAACAGCUGAAAGAAAAUAUUUUACAACACAGCAGAGAUGCAGUUAGUUUGGAAACUAGAUUAAAUGAUUUAACAAGUAAACUAGAAGUAAAAACGAAGGAAUUAGAACAAUUGGAACAUAAGUAUUUAACUGAGAAGAGUCAGAUACAAAUUAAUUCAUCUCAACAAAUAAGUUUGGAAAAAGACAGAUUGGCUCAAGCAAGAUUAGAGUGGCAACGGCAGAGCGAGAAGGAGAAAACAGAAAUUGAGCAGAGGCAUGCUGAAACUAUAAAACAAUUGCACACAGAACUUGCUGAAUUACGAACACAAAACAUGACAUAUAAGGAUAAACAAUCUUUUUUAGAGGCUACCAAUACGGAACAAAUAAAACAACUACAGAGUCUUGAGAAAGAGCUUAAUAUCACUGAACGAGAUUUGGCUCUACUCAAAAAGCAGAAUUCUAAAUUAGAUGUAGAUUACCAUGACAAAGAUAAAGCUGUCAACAACUUACGUACAAAAGUAGCUGUACUCGAACAAGAAUUAAAAGACAAAACAGUGAUUAUUAACAAGCAUAUGGAAAUGCUAAAAACAGGUAAAGAACAGAAGCAGCAUUUAGAGGAUCUUUUAGCUGAAAGAGAUAGUCAGUUGCAGCGCAAGCAAAAUUCCUUGAGAAGUUUAAGUGACGAGUUGGUGAAAGCCAAUGAAAUUUUAACCAAUUUGCAAAAGGAACUUACAACGACCAAAACAAAAUUAAAAUUAAGGACGAGUAUAGCACUGGAGCAAGAGAAAUUGUUGGAUACUAAACAGAAAGAGGUUGGUCAAUUGGAAACCAAAAUGGAAGGUCUUAUCAGAGAUGCGAGAGAUGCGAAGAAUGAAGUAGACAAUUUAAAGGAACAGAUUAAAACAUUGCAACAUCAGCUGGAGGAAAAAGAAAAAGUUAUAAAGAACAAUGAUAACGUGAUUAGUUGGCUGAAUCGGAGGUUGGCGGAUAAUCAGUCUCCUUUACAAAGUGCUACUACUCCAGCUCCCAUUACGAUUCCGUCCUCUGUUCCGCUAACGUUACCGAGAACAAACAAGUUGUUUCCCAACCGAUAUGAAACACGCACACCUGCACCCAGUACGACACAACCUAGUACGUUAUCGGGAUUACCGAUGAAAAACCCGAUUGUGCAGAAUCCGAACAUUAAUCAGACCACUCGUACGACAGCACGAUCGAUGGGUGUUGGUGUAACGGACAAUUCGGUGGGACUGAAUACCUUCAGUAAAAGCGGCCUAAUCUCGAGCACCAGCACGCCUAUGGAGCGCUUUAACGUGUUGAAUAAGAUGUCGGGAAAUCCGCCGGCCUCCACGUCGGCGCCGGCUAUAAUUGAGAAUAACGGCGGUCCAACAGUGAUCUCGAACGGUAUAAAAGCGAAAACCGCGAGUGUCGGCUUGCAGGGCGGAUUAAGGAGAGCAGGUUUGUCUGAUAAGCCUAUAUUACCAUCGGCAUAUUUUCCUAAGACCCUGCAUUGAUCAAAUGCUUGGACGGUAUUAUCAAUGUAAAAACUGAUGAGUUAAACUCAUAUCUCAGAGUACUUUAAGAAUCAAAAGGUAGGAACGACAAAACUGCAAUAUUGCCAUUAACAAUGACAAUAUUUCAAUUUGUCGUCUUGGCAGAUAGUACAAAUAUUAGUAGAAAUGAUAAGUAUUAUUUACAAGACAUUUUGACAAAGUAAAAGAUCUGGAAAAUUCUUAAUCCUACAUUGGCACUUUUUUAUAUACAAAAAUGAUCUUAUCGGAGUAGAGUCAAUUUAAUUUUGGUGUGUCAAUGUAAGAUUAAUAAUAAUAUAUAGUCCGUAUGUAUAUAUAGCGAUACUAACAUAUUCCGAUCUCGUUUAUUACAACAUAAAAUGCAUAUAUAUUGCUACUAGUGAAUUUAUGAUCAACUUUUUUAUUAACUUUACAAUUUGUUUUGGCUAUAAUAUUUUAAAUAUGCUUU